UGAUGUGGGGCUCGAACCCAUGAGCUGUGAGACCACAUCCUGAGCAGAAGUCAGUUGCUUAACCAACUGAGCCACCCAGGCGCCCCAAGAAUUUGUUCUUUUGACAGUAUCAGCAACCGUGUGAAGGCCUACAGGGUGUCAGGCGCUAGGACUAUGACGAAGAAGAAGAAUGGUUGGGUGUUAACCUUCCUGCAGGUUAUAGGCUGAUGUUUCACCUCUCUCCCAGGGAACACUUGGGCUGGGGGGUGGGGGCAUGUAUGAAGGGUUUCAAUUAAAUUUUACCAGCUCAGACUAAAAAUCUGGAUUUGAAAAGUAGUUCAAAUAGUACAGAAACCUAGGUUUUCCCUUCCUGAAUAUACUAAACAUUGAAUUUUUCUGUUUUCUGGAAGACUCUGGUAUGGGGAAGGCGAGCCCCAAUUGCCAAGAGCACCAAAUUCCUCUAGUCCUGUCUAAUCCUGCCUCGUAAUGAGCUGAAAUGCUGGCGUUUGACCAGAUGAGUCGUUUUUGAGAUGAACUAGGCCAGGGUGGCACAGUAAAGGCCUGCAUGUGGUGGCUGGUCAGAGCUGCCUGGGUAGUGAGUGGUCUCUCCCAAGUUCCUCUCCUUUCUGCUGAAGCACAGUGAGAUGGGAACUGUCUCCAAGAGGCCAAGGUCUCAGGACUGCACCCCUUAGACAUGUGCCACUGCCCUGAAUAAUGGAACAAGCUAAGGACACACAUGGUGUCCCUUAAAUCUUUGUUCCCAGUGGCUGAGUGAACGAAUGGGGCGGUUAAGGGACGGCUCGAAUCUAGGUGAGCCUUAGGAGGCCUCCCCCUCCCCCAAGUGCUGUGCUCCCGACAGCGAUGCCUUGGCACAGCCCCGAAGCCCCUUUAGGAGCAUUCACUGAUAACAGUUAGUGGUGUGCUGGGGAUAUGGCCAAGGCUUCCCCGGACCCCACUAGAAUGGGCUCCCCUUGCGAGUUUGCGGGUGGCUUCGUGUACGGGGAGGUCCCGCAAGGCGCUAGGCGGGGCCUGUUCAUUGGCAGAACCCUCCGCGCGGCGUGGGUCCACAACCGGACAGCGAACGGGGCGGUCCCUCCCGUUCCAAACGUCCACCGGCCGCGACCCUGCGCGAGGGGAGGGCGGCCCAGGGCUCGAGCUCGGGGAGACGGGAGAGCGGAGACCGGACUGCGGAGGGCAGGUGGCGUCCGGACCCCGCCGGGGAGGCGGGCGCCCGUCCCUGGGAGCAAAGAGUGGGAAGCCUGGCGGCCGGGCCCUUCCUCUCCGUCUUCCGAGCGCUGCAGACGGUGACUCGUGCUCCGGAGAGCGCCAGGGGCGCGGCGGGCAGUGAGGGGGACGUGGCGGGCGCGGACCCCCGCUGAGAAGGCGCACGAUGCCGCCCGCGACGGCGACCGCCACGGUCUCCCUCCGGGAGCUGGCCGACCUGGCCAUCGGCACCCCGGAGGUGGGCGCCGUCAACUUCACGGCCCUGCACACGCUCAUCGUGGCCAUGCUCCGGAGCCUCAACCUGCAGGAGGUGCGCAUCAACUUCCAGUCGCCGUCGCCCGAGUCGAGUCGCUCCUCGGAGCUCCCGCGGACCGUGCUCAGCGCCCCGCAGCUGGCUGUGCCCAAAGAGAAGCCGCGCAGCAGCUCGGCCAGGCCGCCGGCGCUGGAGAGCCAGGUGAAGGACCUCAGCAAGCAGCUCAAGACCGUCACCAGCCAGGUGCAGGGCAUCAUGAGCCACGUGCAGCACCUUACUUAUCCCGUGGGCCGGCUGCCCGUGGACUCCCAGGACUGGCUGGAGGAGGAGAUGGCCGUGCUGCUGCCGGACAGGGCUCGAGGAGGGUCGAUGAAAAUCGGGAAGGACGGCGAGCAGGACGGCGAGCGGGCCAGCGUCACCAAGGCCGCGGUGCUGCUGCACGAUGUCGCAGAAGAUGUGAAAGCCUUGAAAGAAGCCAAGGAAAAGGCGCAGGAGCAUUCCGAGAAAGCCUUCCAACGGAUGGAUGAACUAGAGAAGAUAAUCAGAGAACGGGACAAAUUCCUGGAUCUAGUGGGCCGGAAGCUGAGUUUGAUGCCUGUUGGAGAAGAAGUCACCAUGGUCACCUGGGAGGAGCUAGAGCAAGCAAUUACUGAUGGCUGGAGGGCCUCACAAGCGGGCUCAGAGACAACGGGACUCCUUAAACGCAAAAAGCAUACUUCCUUAACAUCAGAUGAUGGAGCCUCCACCAAGCACUCAAGUGCUGACCCAACUGUGGAUUCUGCAAAUGGUCAUGGUUCCGAUCGGACCUUAUCAGGAAUCGGUGCCACGGGAUACCCCUCUGAAGGAGUUGGCAGGGAACGAAAGAAAAGCACCCCCACUACUGCAUCCCCUGGUAGAGAACAGCACCCAAGGGCCCGUGACGAGGCUGGCGUGGCAAAGUCCCAUCACCCAUCUGUGUCCCAAUUCAGACUAGAGUCAGAUCGUCACAGGACUAGAGAGCUGCAGCCGCACACCUCAGCAUAUCUAAGAAAAGAUGAACGAGAGGCACACCCUGGUCUAGUUCAACAGGACUUGCCCUCAGCCACCGCGAUCAGAGAUCGGCAUCCUCGUGUGUACCCAGAUCAGCAUGGGGGGGUACACGUUAGCGACGGUCAAAUCUAUCCAAGGCCAGACCAACAUGGAAUAGCACCGCUUGGCAUGGAUCAGCUUGCGUCGCUCGAUCAUAGCACUUACCCACACAGUGUGGUACCCCUCAGCAUGGGUCAGCUUGGUAUGAUGCCACCUGGAAUGGAUGAGCAGGGAUCGGUGCUACCUGGCAUGGAUCCGCGUGGUAUGAUGCCACCACUGGUACCUGGCAGAGAUCAGCAAGGCUUGCAGCUACCUAGCACAGAUCAGCCUGGUAUGGUUCCAUUUAGCACAUAUCAGCACGGCAUGAUAUUUCCUGGCACAGACCAACAGCCUGACGUGGCUCAGCGUGGAUUGGUACCUCUUCACAUGGAUCAGCAUGGAUUUUUAAUAUCCGGCAUGGAUCAGCAAGGACUGGCACUGCCUGGCAUGGAUCAGCACGGAUUGGUUCCACAUCUCAUCGCUCAGCAUGGUUUGGGACCAACUGGCACAGAUCAGAAUGCUUUAGUCCAGCCUGGUUUGGUCCAACCUGGAAUGGAUCAGCGCGGUUUGGUGCAGCCUGUUGUAGAUGAAAGGGGUUUGGUUCAGCCUGGUGCUUAUCUGCCUGAUUGGGUUCAACCUGGUGCAUAUGCCACUGGCUGGGUCCAGCCUGGUGCCUAUCCUCUUGAGUUGGUAUACCCUGAUGUAUAUCCAUCGGGUUUAGUACAGCUUGGUGCAGAUCAGCCUGGUUUGAUGCAACCUGGAUUGGGUCAGCAAGAUUCAGUCCAACCUGGAAUGGAUCAGUACGAUUUGGGGCAGCCUGGAAUGGAUCAACGUGGCUUGGUCCAACUUGGAAUGGAUCAGCGUGGUUUAGUGCAACCUGGCACAGUUCAGCCUGGUUUGGUCCAACCAGGAGCAGCUCAGCCUGGUUUGGUCCAACCUGGAGCAGGUCAGCCUGGUUUGGUCCAACCAGGAGCAGGUCAGCCUGGUUUGGUCCAACCUGGAGCAGCUCAGCCUGGUUUGGUCCAACCAGGAGCAGCUCAGCCUGGUUUGGUCCAACCUGGAGCAGGUCAGCCUGGUUUGGUACAACCCGGAAUGGAUCUGGGUGGUUUGGUCCAACCCGGAACGGGUCAGCGUGGUUUGGCACAACCUGGUCCAGCUCAGCCUGGUUUGGUCCAACCAGGAGCAGCUCAGCCUGGUUUGGUCCAACCUGGAGCAGGUCAGCCUGGUUUGGUGCAGCCUGGUGUAGCUCAGCCUGGUUUGGUCCAACCUGGAGCAGGUCAGCGUGGUUUGGUCCGACCUGUAGCAGGUCAGCGUGGUUUGGUCCGACCUGGAGCAGCUCAGGUUGGUUUGGUGCAACCUGGUGCAGCUCAGCCUGGUUUGGUGCAGCCUGGUGCAGCUCAGCGUGGUUUGGUCCAACCUGGUGCAGCCCAGCCUGGUUUGGUGCAGCCUGGAGCAGCUCAGCCUGGUUUGGUGCAACCUGGAGCAGGUCAGCCUGGUUUGGUCCAACCUGGAGCAGCCCAGCCUGGUUUGGUGCAACCAGGAGCAGCUCAACCUGGUUUGGUCCAACCUGGAGCAGGUCAACCUGGCUUGGUCCAACCUGGAGAAGGUCAACCUAGCUUGGUGCAACCUGGAAUGGAUCUGGGUGGUUUGGUCCAACCUGGAAUGGAUCAGCAUGUUUUGGUACAACCUGGUGCAGCACAGCCUGGUUUGGUCCCACCUGGAGCAGGUCAGCCUGGUGUGGUGCAACCCGGAAUGGAUCAGCGUGGUUUGGCCCAACCUGGUUCAGCUCAGCCUGGUUUGGUGCAACCUGCAAUGAGUCAGUAUGGUUUGGCCCAACCUGGUGCACGUCAGCCUGGUUUGGUACAAUCUGGCGUAAGUCAGCCUGGUUUGGUACAACCUCAAAUGGGUCAGCCUGCUUUGGUCCAGCCUGGUGCGGGUCAACCUGGUGCAGGUCAGCCUGGUUUGGUGCAACCUGGAAUGGAUCAGCGUGGUUUGGUCUACCCUGGUGCUGAUCAGGGUGGUUUGGCCCAGCCUGGUGCAGGUCAGCUUGAUUUGGUACAACCUGGUGCAGGUCAGCCUGGGUUGGUGCAACGUGGAGUGGGGCAGCGUGGUUUGGUAGAGCCUGGCACAGGUCCACGUGGCGUUUUUCAACCUGGUGCCUAUCCACCUGGUUUGCUACAGCCAGGUGCAUAUCUUCCCGGUUCAGUAGAGCCUGGUGCCUAUCCACAAGGUUUGGUUCCACCUGGUGCCUAUCCUCGCGGUUUGGUCCAGUCUGGUGCACUUCCACGUGGUUUCAUGCAGCCUCUUACUGAUCAGCGUGGCUUGAGGCAACCCGGUAGAGAUCAGCAAGGUUCAAUACCAUCAAGCACAGAGCUUCGUGGCUUUCCAACAUUCCACCCGGAGUCUCUAAGAUUUAUAUCACCACAUCCAUAUCAGCAUGGUGUAAUGCCUCCUAGCAGAGGUCAGCAUGGCCAGGUGUCACCGCUCCUCUCCGGUCAAGGCUUGGCACCACCAGGUACUGACCAAGAGGGUUUAUCAGAAACUUACCAGCCAGGCGUGAUACAUCCGGGCACAGACCAGGGCGGCCAAAUAAAACCAGGUGCAGACCAGCACGACCAGUCACACUCUAUCCCAGAAUCCCGUGACCUAACGUAUCCUGGCCCUCGGGGCCCAGGCUUUCCUGGGGCAGAUCAGCUCCAGGUCAGUGUGGAUCCACAACAAACAUAUACCUCAGACCGAGCUGGAAUUUCUGUCCAGACUACCCCAAGCCAAGAAGCCACCUUUGCCAAGAGUACAGUCUUUCUCAACGAUCUCUACCGAGCCUCAUCGGAAAGGGUCGAUAUCCAGAGCGAAAGACAUGAUUCCCUGGAUAAAUUGUCUCCCAGCUUCCCUAUAGCAGUGGAAACAUUUCGUCUGAUGGGAGAGCUCAUUGGCCUUUAUGUAGAGUUCAAGGAGAACAUGAAGGAGCUGGAUGAGGAGAAGGCUGGCCAGACCGACUUAGAGAAGUUACAGUACUUGCUUUCACUCAUGGUCAAAAAGACUAUACCACCUGACCUGCAGGAACAGCUGAAGACCUUAAAGGCCUUGACCAAAGAAGUGCGGCAGGAAAGAGCCAAACUGGACAAGAUACAGAGGCUCCUGGAGGGCGAAAGGGAACAGGAAAUCGGAAAAGAAAUGAAAGACGGCCAGCUGAGCACGCAGCUGGGAAUCCUCAGAGUCACCGUGGCCGACAUUGAGAAGGAGUUGGCCGAGCUCAGGGAGAGCCAAGAGCGGGGCAAGGUCAGCAUGGAACAUUCAGUCUCCGAAGCCUCUCUCUACCUGCAGGACCAGCUGGACAAGCUCAGGACGAUCAUCGAGAGCAUGCUGGCCUCCUCCUCCACGCUGCUGUCCAUGAGCAUGACUCCUCGCCAGAUCCCAACAGCCUCGGCACCUAGCCAGAUCGACCCUGAGACCACCUGCCCGGCCUGCAGCCUGGACCUGGGCCAUCAGGUCAGCAUGCUGGUGCAGCGUUACGAGCAGCUCCAGGACAUGGUCACCAAUCUGGCUGCCACCCGGCCCUCCAAGAAAGCCAAGCUGCAGAGCCAGGACGAAGAGCUGCUGGGCCACAUCCAGAGCGCCAUCCUGCAGGUACAGGGCGACUGCGAGAAACUCAACAUCACCACCGGCAGCCUCAUCGAGGACCAUCGGCAGAAGCAGAAGGACAUUGACGUGUUGUACCAGGGUCUGGAGAAGCUCGAGAAGGAGAAGGCCACCAGGGAGCACCUGGAGAUGGAGAUUGAUGUGAAAGCUGACAAGAGUGCCCUGGAGGCCAAAGUGAGCCGGGUCCAGUUUGACGCCACCACGGAGCAGCUGAACCACAUGAUGCAGGAGCUGAUGUCUAAAAUGAGCGGGCAGGAGCGGGACUGGCAGAAAAUGCUGGACAAGCUGCUGGUGGAGAUGGACAGCAAGCUGGACCGCCUGGAGCUGGACCCCGUGAAGCAGUUGCUGGAGGAUCGGUGGAAAGCCUUGCGGCAACAGCUUAAAGAGCGCCCUCCCCUCUACCAGGCAGACGAGGCAGCGGCCAUGCGGAAGCAGCUCUUGGCACAUUUCCACUGCCUCUCGUGCGACCGUCCCUUGGAGACACCUGUGACCGGACAAAUUAUCCCUGUGAUUCCCAUGGGCCCAGGCCUGCCCGGGCACCGUUCCAUCCGCCCCUACACGGUCUUUGAACUGGAGCAGGUCCGGCAGCAGAGCCGCAACCUGAAGCUGGGCUGUGCCCCCUUCCCUCGGGGCGACUUGGCGCACACAGAGCGGAGCGUGGGACGCCUGCGCACCAUGCACUCCAAGAUGCUGAUGGACAUUGAGAAGGUGCAGAUCCACUUUGGAGGCUCAGUCAAGGCCAGCAGUCAGAUGAUCCGUGAGCUGCUGCAGGCCCAGUGCCUGAGCUCCCCCUGCCACAGACGGGUGCCAGAUAUGGCCGACUACACCUACUCGAGCGCGCCUCGGCGCUGCGGGGGCAGCCACACCCUCACCUACCCCUACCGCCGCAACCGCCUGCAGCACCUGUCACAGGGCCUGUACCCCACCGAGGAGAUCCAGAUCGCCAUGAAGCAUGAUGAGGUGGAUAUCUUGGGCCUGGAUGGACAUAUUUACAAGGGACGGAUAGAUACAAGGCUGCCGGGCAUCCCAAGCAAAGACACCCCGGUCUCAGCUUCGGGGAUGACAAAGCACAAGGCCAAGCAGCCCCGGCCGCACACGCACUGGCAGCAGUCCCUUAGCGUCAGCAGCCAGCUGCCCUCCCGGCCACAAAGUGCUCAGAUGCUGGCUGGCAACAAUUCAGGCCUGGUAGCUGCCCUUAAUUCCCUGGAGAGAGGAAUCGCCUGGGAGCUGAGAGAGGAGAUGGGAGGGAGGAGAGAGAAAAUCGUCUUUACUGAGUUCUCGAUACACGCCAGCUCCUUCCCAUCAGCGCAAAGACAGACCCGUCUCCUCCGAGGGGCUCCUCUCCCAGCCGAAUGUGGCCCACCCGCCCAGCCCCAGCGAGAUGGGAAACCGGCCGGCGGAUGUGGACGCGCACCUGGAUGUCCCGCCGGGGGAGGGUCUCGAGGAGCCCACCCGGGGGCCGAGGUCCACCACUGCUCACUGAGCACAGCUACAAAUAAAUGUUUAGGAAGAAGCUUGGGGCAGCGAGGCUUCUCUGGUCUGAGCUCAGGAAGAUGGGGUGGAAAGGGAGGGGCCCCUGCAGGCCAGGCACCUCCAGACUGCCCCCAGGUCCGGGGGGGGGGGGCUUCUCUUGGAGAACCAGGAAUGACCUGUAGCCUGGGAAUUAGACCGCGACCCCCUCACCCAACAGAUGAAGCUGCCCUCCAAGGGCCUCAGGAGGGCUGAGCAUUGCACCAGGGGUCGGCAGGGGCAGCGGAGGCCAGACCCCAGCUCACUCUGGACCUCAGCUGGGCCCGGAGGCUGCGGCCUUCCCGUCUGGGCCCACUGGGGCUUUCCGGAGAGGUUGGGCUCCCAGUGUCUGUACCUUGAAGCAGAGGUGAGGGUGGCAGCCGGCAGCUGCUCCCCCACGGAUGGCUCUGGCAGUGCCCAGCUCCUGGCACGGGUCCCAGGGGGGACCAGUGCGCCCGGGAAGGUUCCUGCUUGCUGUCCUGUGCAGUGUACCCUUGGGUGGCUGCUGCAGAGGCAAGCAGGGGCUUAGACGAGGCGGGGGGCGGGGGUGGGGGGUGGUGCUGCCUGGCUGGCCUAGGCCGGUUCCCUGUUCCCCUCCUCCCUCCCCAGGGAGACGGAGAAGUGUGUCAGGAGGGGGUUAGCCUGGUGACGGCCAUUUGCCAGGUGGCCUCGAGGCCCAGCCCUUGUCCUGCUCCAGCCUGCUCGGCUCCACCAGCCCCAAACAGACAAGAGAGCUCUCACUGCUAUCCCGAGUCCUUUGUGCUAAAGGUCCUGGCAGGUUUGAGGGGACAGAGGGGCAAGGGCAGGGCUGAGCUCAGCAGGUACAGCAAUCGCAAGGGAGGAGCACCCCCCCCCCCAACCCCGGGCAGGGGGCCGCCCUCACACUAAGGCCUCUGAAGUCCUGAGAGCAGUUUGAACCAUCUUCAGGUCUGUUCUCACGCCCCCCCCCUCCCCGCCCCAGUCCCCAUCUCCCCGACAUGGGAAAGGGAUGUCUGACACCGGAGGCCUGCUUUACGGUGUGAGAAGAUGGGGUGACAAAUCACACCGUAAAGGAAAGUGUGGCAGGAAACUGCCCAGAAAAGGGUUUCUCCCCAGUUCCAUGUGGGCAAGGGGAGGGUGGGGUUGGCUCCCCGCGGGAGGGGACGUCCCCCUCCUGUCCCCAUCUCCUGAGAUGCUUUCACCUUCACGCAUCAUGCAAUGCAUGACCUAAUGCUCUGGACGAGAGGAGGGGAGCAGCUUGAACCCCGGGGUCCGGGGUGUGGGGUCCCGGGUUCACAGCCGGUGCCCUUUUCUCCUGGAGCAGGAGGCAGGGGAGGGCCAGCCCCUCUGCUCCUGCUCGGGCUCCCAUUUCACACCCUGAGAAAUGUCAGAAGGUUGCUGGCUCCGUGUCCCUGGCCUAGAAUCCAAACUCACCAGCUUGGCAGGGAAGGGCGGCAGCAGCAGGACAGCCGGCCCGCCGCACCCAGGCCUCCCCCACGCCCACGAAAGGACAGGGAAUGGAGGCCCACCCUCCUCCCCGCACCUGGGCCGGCCGCCCACCCUCACCCGGGCUGUGGUCCCGAGGCCACCCACGUGCCCCGCAGGGACUUCCCCCGGCAGUCCGGGAAAGCACAGGUGGGCUGGCUGGUGGGGGGAGGCCAGGAGGAGCCCCAGGGGUUUCCAACCAGGAAACAAAACCGAAAGGACGGACCCAGCCCCUAAACCAUCACAAGCAGAGGGGAGCUGCUACAGGGUUCCCAGCGAGAGAAGGUGCGGGAAGACCCCAGGAGCAGGGCGGGCUGGCUUAGCAGGCAUUGGGUGUGAACUCCCAGACCUUCCUGUCCCCAAGCGACAGCGGGGGCCCACUCCCGGGCUCUGGCUGCUCAGAGGGAGAAAACAAGCUCUUGGGGGACAAGGGACUCAAGGUAGCAUCCCUCCUCCCCAGCAUGAGGCUCACGGAGGAGCCGCGACCCUGGGGCCAGCCACCCACUCCUCCAGCCAGCUAAUAGGCUCCUGCCACCCAGACCACCCGCAUGGCAGGGUCACCUGAGGAAGGGGCCCACUGGGCCAGGAAUCUCUGCCUCCACUCUACUGCCUGGAGGCUGUGGGGAAGGUACAAAACAAAAGGUCAGUUCCUGUGGGGACACGUCUCUCUGGAUCCUUGACAGCCUGGGCUGACCUUUGGGGUAUGGCCAGUCAACACGCACUCAGGGACAGGCUACCCCAAAGAAGGCCGAGGACAGAAUACUAGGGAUGGGUCCAGAUUGGGGGCAGGGGCAGAGGAUAGGGCUGCCACCAAGUGGAGGGGUAGCUCCCCUCACCGCGGACAAGACAAAGGCUCCAGGGCUGAGCACCAGCCACUCCCCACUGCCAAGGGCCAAGGGGAGAGGGUCAUGGUCACCAAGUCAGGCCCCGUCUCCCCUUCUCCCUUCCAAACUCAACGGGACCCAGCCUGUCCUCUCAAUGCCGGGGUCCGGACACCCCUCCUCAAUAUCCAGCCCAGCCACCUAGCAAGGAAGCCCUUCCCCUCCAACCACAGCACGGCCGGGGCGCCCCGGCCCCUCUUCCCCAGGAAAGCGCUUUUUUCCUGCCAAGGCAAAUAAAGGCACCGCAAACCAGGAAAGUUAGAAAAGUCUCUUUUUAAGUCUUUAAAUUAAAAUUUCACCCUGGUGAGAUGAUUGAUUUGGGAACUAAAUCCAAAGGCAAGCUCUCCACUCUGUCACCCACUCGGACGGGAC